GUACCUAUUUCGCACGCGUGCAAUUCUCUCCACCACCGACAGCAUGGCGCCAAUCAAGUCAGUUAAAGGAACGAAAUCCAAAGGUGGCAAAUCGGGCGGCUCAAAAUCUGGCGGCCCUGCGAAGAAAGCAAAAGCAGGCCCUGCACCCGAAGGCAUCUCGAAGAAGCGACAGAAGUCUCUCGCCCUCGCCAAACCCGGUGGCGUCCAAAAAACGAAAUCGAAAGUGGUCAACGGCAAGCGGAAGAAGCGCGUCUACAAAGAGUCAGAAUUGGAUCUGCCUAAGCUCAAUGGCAUAAUCCCCGCCGGCAUCGCCAAGCCUAAGGGCCAGAAGAAAGGCAAAACCUUCGUCGACGAUUCCGCGAGUAUGAUGGCGAUCAUGAGCAUAGUGAACGCAGAGAAGGACAAGGACGUCGAGAGUAAGAUCAUGCGCGCGCGACAACUGGAGGAGGUGCGGGAGGCCAAGAGGAAGGAGAUGGAGGCUAGGGCGGAGGACAAGGCGAGCAAGUUUGAAGAGACAAAGAAGGGAUUGAAGAAGAAGAGGAAGAGCAGGAAUCCUGAGCUGGCGAAGGAGAUGGCGAAGCUUGACGAUGUGGAUGACGAGACGCCAAAGAAGGCCACCAAGGGCAAGAAGAAGAGGGUGUCGUUCGGCUGAAGGAAUCAAGAACCUCAUGAUCUAUUCGUUCUUCUAUGUCUAUUUCGCAAUCGAUACCCAGCAAAAGCGAUUUUGCGUCGCCCACAAUCUAUUUUGGCGGCAAUACCAACCUCCUGUUACACGGGUCGAAAAUGGGAUACUUCUUCGUCGGCACCUUGUCAUUCGCCUCCACUUUCUUGCCUGCUGGCAAUUCAUCCACAUCGACCUCCUCAUGCAGCUUAGUGAGGAACGCCACGACAGCGUCCGCAAACCAUCUUCUACCUCCAAACUGGAACCAACUCAAGUGUCCACCCCAAUUGGUGCAGCAAAGGACAGUAUAUGGGUUCUGUUUGAACUCUUCGUAGGGUAUCGCCUCCAUGC